CUUGAGGCGAGAGCGGCGCGAGCGGCCGACCUUGGGCGAACGAACAUCUCCAGCAUCACCCAGCAAACGAGCCACCAUCGGCGAAACAACAGGCAAAGGUCCUAGAUAAAGUUGUCAAGCGAAUCAGUGACUAGCAGCGAAGACUCCCUCAAACCCUUCCAACUCUAACCUCGCCAGCAUGUCGGAAUUCGGCGACUUUUCGGGCACUCCAUCGGGGGGUGCGCCUCCUGUCGGCGACUUUGGCGACUUCAGUGACCCUACUGCUGAUUUCUUGGCGCGGGAGAAGGCACUGCUAGGUGAUGAUGCUGCCCUCUUCGGAAACCACUUUGACGGACCGGUGCAGUCAUCCGGUGUUCCCGACUUCGCCAGUGCCACACCGGGUCCCAUCGUGGAGGGCUUUGCAACAGACGCGUUCGAUUCCCAGCCCGGCUUCUCGUCCGAAUUGAACGCUGCAGCGGCCAUGCCCCUACCCUUCGAACACACGGGUGCUUCGUCUCAGAACAGCUUCGAUGCCACCAGCGCCACCUCAAACGCCUUCCCAGCCGAACCCGAAGUUGAGCCCGAAGUUAUUCGCGAAUGGCGAGCUUCUUUCCAGGCUCUCAUCGCCGACCGCGAUGCCAAAUCUCAGUCGAAACAGCAGGAGCUGCUUAGGAACGCCAAGGAGUCUUUAGAGAGGUUCUAUGCUGAAUAUAACGAGAAGAAAGCAAAGAGUGUUGCAAGAAAUAAGGAUCAGGAGACGAAGGCUAUUGCUGACCGGGACGACACUACAAGUGGCACCGUCUGGGACCGUGUCGUGAAACAAAUUGAGCAAGUAACCCAAACCGCGUCAGGCAGCAGCACUACUAAGGGAAAGGUCGUCGAUCUUAACAAAGGCCGUCUUACGACAACCGGCGCUGACGCAAAGGCCGAUAAGUCGAAGGAUGCCAAUAAAAAUAAAGAGACUGUGAAGGUUCGGGACACGGCCCGUAUGAAGCAGCUUCUCAUGUCGCUGAGGAAGGAUCCCAAUGCUCCUGGCGUGAAGGCGGCCGCCUAGAUCAUAGCGAACGAUAUUAUUCGAAAAUACAGUUGUACCGUCACUGUUGAUGAAGCAUAGUGCCUCGGUUCCCGUUCUUGAAUUAAUGCUCUUCUAGUGUUGGCUCGGGCUCGGAGACAAUCACGGAAGUAGGGAGUUGGUCGCACAGAGGGCAUCCGCAGAUUUACUGUUUCCGAUGAAUUGACAGUAUUUUCUGCCGGAUCAUUUCUUUUGGGCAGCAGAUGCA